UUUUUUUGGCCUUGCUGGAUCCGCCAUAUUGACGAGGACUGGUCUCCGGGGCUGCGGAAGGUUUGGGAUGCGCCCCGGUUAAGGCCUUGUUCUUGAGACCGACUUUUGCUGCCUCCCGCCUCCGCGUGUCCUGGUUCUGAGAAGACGCCCGUGUUGUGCGGUUAUGCAAUGGUCUCUGCAAGAUGGUUUAUUCUUGAAUUGGAGCUUUUUAAGACUGACAAAUGCUGGUACUUCAUCUUCUAUAAGUGGACUAUAAUUUCUUUUCUCAAGACAACUACAUAAGCAGACAAAAUUGCAAAGAUCUGCCCUGUGUCGAGUAUGACAGCCACGACUCGUGGCUCUCCAGUAGGAGGGAAUGAUAACCAGGGCCAGGCUCCUGAUGGACAGUCUCAGCCCCCCCUCCAACAGAAUCAGACUUCAUCGCCUGAUUCUUCCAAUGAAAAUUCCCCGGCAACUCCUCCAGAUGAGCAAGGUCAAGGUGAUGCCCCACCACAGAUUGAAGAUGAGGAACCUGCAUUUCCACAUACCGACUUGGCAAAGUUGGAUGAUAUGAUCAACAGGCCUCGAUGGGUGGUUCCUGUCUUGCCGAAAGGGGAAUUAGAAGUGCUUUUAGAAGCUGCUAUUGAUCUUAGUAAGAAAGGCCUUGAUGUUAAAAGUGAAGCAUGUCAGCGAUUUUUUCGAGAUGGGCUAACAAUAUCAUUCACUAAAAUCCUUACAGAUGAAGCAGUGAGUGGCUGGAAGUUUGAAAUUCAUAGAUGUAUUAUUAACAAUACUCAUCGCCUGGUGGAGCUAUGUGUGGCCAAGUUGUCCCAAGACUGGUUUCCACUUCUAGAACUUCUUGCCAUGGCCUUAAAUCCUCAUUGCAAAUUUCAUAUCUACAAUGGUACACGUCCAUGUGAAUCAGUUUCAUCAAGUGUUCAGUUACCUGAAGAUGAGCUCUUUGCUCGUUCUCCAGACCCUCGAUCACCAAAAGGUUGGCUAGUCGAUCUUCUCAACAAAUUUGGCACAUUAACUGGGUUCCAGAUGUUGCAUGAUCGUUUUAUAAAUGGAUCAGCAUUAAAUGUUCAGAUUAUAGCAGCCCUUAUUAAACCAUUUGGACAGUGCUAUGAGUUUCUAACUCUUCAUACAGUGAAAAAAUACUUUCUUCCAAUAAUAGAAAUGGUUCCACAAUUUUUAGAAAACUUAACUGAUGAAGAACUGAAAAAAGAAGCAAAGAAUGAAGCCAAAAAUGAUGCCCUUUCAAUGAUUAUUAAAUCCUUAAAGAAUUUAGCUUCAAGGGUUCCAGGACAAGAGGAAACUGUAAAAAAUCUAGAAAUAUUUAGGUUAAAAAUGAUACUUAGAUUAUUGCAAAUUUCUUCUUUCAAUGGAAAGAUGAAUGCACUGAAUGAAGUUAAUAAGGUGAUAUCCAGUGUAUCAUACUAUACCCAUCGUCAUGGUAAUCCAGAGGAGGAAGAGUGGCUCACAGCUGAACGAAUGGCAGAGUGGAUACAGCAGAACAAUAUAUUAUCCAUAGUUUUGCGAGAUAGUCUUCAUCAACCACAGUAUGUAGAGAAGCUAGAGAAGAUUCUUCGUUUUGUCAUCAAAGAAAAAGCACUGACCUUGCAAGAUCUUGAUAAUAUCUGGGCAGCACAGAAAUCCUAUCAUGAAGACUAUGACCCACAAACUGUCAGGCUGGGAAGUAGAUACAGUCAUGUUCAAGAAGUCCAAGAACGGCUUAACUUCCUUAGAUUUUUGUUGAAGGAUGGCCAACUGUGGCUAUGUGCUCCCCAGGCAAAACAAAUAUGGAAAUGCUUAGCUGAGAAUGCAGUUUACCUUUGUGAUCGUGAAGCCUGUUUUAAAUGGUAUUCCAAAUUGAUGGGGGAUGAACCAGACUUAGAUCCUGAUAUUAAUAAGGACUUCUUUGAAAGUAAUGUGCUUCAGCUUGAUCCUUCCCUAUUAACUGAAAAUGGAAUGAAAUGUUUUGAACGAUUCUUCAAAGCUGUGAAUUGUCGAGAAGGAAAACUAGUAGCAAAAAGGAGAGCCUAUAUGAUGGAUGAUUUGGAGUUGAUAGGAUUAGACUAUCUUUGGAGGGUUGUGAUUCAGAGUAAUGAUGACAUCGCCAGCAGAGCAAUAGAUCUCCUUAAAGAGAUCUACACAAACCUUGGUCCAAGACUACAGGUCAAUCAGGUGGUCAUCCAUGAAGAUUUCAUUCAGUCUUGUUUUGAUCGUUUGAAAGCUUCUUAUGAUACAUUGUGCGUUUUGGAUGGUGACAAAGACAGUAUUAAUUGUGCAAGACAGGAAGCUGUUCGAAUGGUUCGAGUAUUAACUGUUUUAAGGGAAUAUAUUAAUGAAUGUGACAGUGAUUAUCAUGAGGAAAGAACAAUUCUACCUAUGUCAAGAGCUUUCCGUGGUAAACACCUCUCUUUUAUAGUUCGAUUUCCAAACCAGGGCAGACAGGUAGAUGACUUGGAGGUAUGGUCUCAUACAAAUGAUACAAUUGGUUCAGUUCGACGAUGUAUUCUCAAUCGUAUUAAAGCCAAUGUAGCCCAUACAAAAAUUGAACUUUUUGUGGGCGGUGAACUGAUUGAUCCUGGAGAUGACAGAAAGUUGAUUGGACAAUUAAACCUAAAAGAUAAAUCGCUAAUUACAGCCAAACUUACACAAGUAAGUUCCAAUAUGCCUUCAAGCCCUGAUAGCUCUUCUGAUUCUUCAACUGGAUCUCCUGGAAACCAUGGUAAUCAUUAUAGUGAUGGCCCCAAUCCUGAAGUAGAAAGCUGUCUGCCUGGAGUGAUAAUGUCACUGCAUCCCAGAUACAUCUCUUUCCUUUGGCAAGUUGCAGAUUUAGGUAGCAGCCUAAACAUGCCACCUCUUAGAGAUGGAGCAAGAGUGCUAAUGAAACUUAUGCCACCAGAUAGCACAACAAUAGAAAAAUUAAGAGCUAUUUGUUUAGACCAUGCCAAACUUGGAGAAAGCAGCCUUAGUCCAUCUCUUGACUCACUAUUCUUUGGUCCUUCAGCCUCACAAGUGCUAUACUUAACAGAGGUCAUCUAUGCCUUGUUAAUGCCUGCUGGUGCACCCCUAGCUGAGGAUUCCUCUGAUUUUCAGUUUCACUUUUUGAAAAGUGGUGGUCUACCCCUUGUCUUGAGUAUGCUAACAAGAAAUAACUUCCUACCAAAUGCAGACAUGGAAACUCGGAGGGGUGCUUACCUCAAUGCUCUUAAAAUAGCCAAACUGUUGCUAACUGCCAUUGGCUAUGGCCAUGUUCGGGCUGUGGCAGAAGCUUGUCAGCCAGGUGCAGAAGGCGUGAAUCCAUCGGUCAACCAGGUUAUUCAUGAUCAAGCAGUGGUGCUACAAAGUGCCCUUCAGAGCAUUCCUAACCCAUCAUCUGAAUGCAUGCUUAGAAAUGUGUCUGUUCGUCUUGCUCAGCAGAUAUCUGAUGAGGCAUCAAGAUAUAUGCCUGAUAUUUGUGUAAUAAGAGCUAUUCAAAAGAUUAUCUGGGCAUCAGGAUGCGGAGCAUUACAGCUAGUAUUUAGCCCAAAUGAAGAAAUUACUAAAAUUUAUGAGAAGACUAAUGCAGGCAAUGAACUGGACUUGGAAGAUGAACAAGUUUGCUGUGAAGCAUUGGAAGUGAUGACAUUAUGUUUUGCCUUGAUUCCAACAGCCUUAGACACUCUAAGUAAAGAAAAAGCUUGGCAGACAUUCAUUAUUGACUUAUUGUUACACUGUCACAGCAAAACUGUUCGUCAAGUGGCACAGGAGCAAUUCUUUUUAAUGUGCACCAGAUGCUGCAUGGGACACAGGCCUCUGCUUUUCUUCAUUACUCUACUCUUUACUGUUUUGGGGAGCACAGCCAGAGAGAGGGCCAAACAUUCAGGCGACUACUUCAUUCUCUUAAGGCACCUUCUUAAUUAUGCUUACAACAGUAAUAUUAAUGUACCCAAUGCUGAAGUUCUUCUCAAUAAUGAAAUCGAUUGGCUUAAAAGAAUUAGGGAUGAUGUUAAAAGAACAGGUGACACAGGUGUAGAAGAGACAAUUUUGGAGGGCCACCUUGGAGUAACAAAAGAGUUACUAGCCUUUCAGACUCCUGAGAAGAAGUUUCAUAUUGGUUGUGAAAAAGGAGGUGCUAAUCUCAUUAAAGAACUAAUAGAUGAUUUCAUCUUUCCUGCCUCCAAUGUUUACCUGCAGUAUAUGAGAAAUGGAGAGCUCCCGGCCGAACAGGCUAUCCCAGUCUGUAGUUCACCAGCUACAAUUAAUGCUGGUUUUGAGUUACUUGUAGCAUUAGCUGUUGGCUGUGUGAGAAAUCUCAAACAGAUAGUAGACUCUUUGACUGAAAUGUAUUACAUUGGCACAGCAAUAACUACUUGUGAAGCACUUACUGAGUGGGAAUAUCUACCACCUGUUGGACCCCGCCCACCAAAAGGAUUUGUGGGGCUGAAAAAUGCUGGUGCUACUUGUUAUAUGAAUUCUGUGAUUCAGCAACUCUACAUGAUUCCCUCCAUCAGGAAUGGUAUUCUUGCAAUUGAAGGCACAGGUAGUGAUGUAGAUGAUGAUAUGUCUGGGGAUGAGAAGCAAGACAAUGAGAGUAAUGUUGAUCCCAGGGAUGAUGUAUUUGGAUAUCCUCAACAAUUUGAAGACAAACCAGCAUUAAGUAAAACAGAAGAUAGGAAAGAAUACAACAUUGGUGUCCUAAGACACCUUCAGGUCAUCUUUGGUCAUUUAGCUGCUUCUAGACUACAAUAUUAUGUACCCAGAGGAUUUUGGAAACAAUUCAGGCUUUGGGGUGAACCUGUUAAUCUUCGUGAACAACAUGAUGCUUUAGAAUUUUUUAAUUCAUUGGUGGAUAGUUUAGAUGAAGCUUUAAAAGCCUUAGGACAUCCAGCUAUGCUAAGUAAAGUCUUAGGAGGUUCAUUUGCUGAUCAGAAGAUUUGCCAAGGCUGCCCACAUAGGUACGAAUGUGAAGAAUCUUUCACGACUCUGAAUGUAGACAUUAGGAAUCACCAAAAUCUUCUUGACUCUUUGGAACAGUAUGUCAAAGGAGACUUAUUAGAAGGGGCAAAUGCAUAUCAUUGUGAAAAAUGCAAUAAAAAGGUUGAUACUGUAAAGCGCUUACUAAUUAAAAAAUUGCCUCCUGUUCUUGCUAUCCAACUAAAACGAUUUGACUACGACUGGGAAAGAGAAUGUGCAAUCAAGUUUAAUGAUUAUUUUGAAUUUCCUCGUGAGCUGGACAUGGAACCUUACACAGUUGCAGGUGUUGCUAAGCUGGAGAGAGAUAAUGCAAACCCAGAAAGUCAGUUGAUACAACAGAAUGAGCAGUCUGAAAAUGAGAAAGCAGGGAGCACAAAAUACAGACUUGUGGGUGUACUUGUACACAGUGGUCAAGCAAGUGGGGGACAUUAUUAUUCUUACAUCAUUCAAAGGAAUGGUGGAGAUGGGGAGAGAAAUCGCUGGUAUAAAUUUGAUGAUGGAGAUGUAACAGAGUGUAAAAUGGAUGACGAUGAAGAAAUGAAAAACCAGUGCUUUGGUGGAGAGUACAUGGGAGAAGUAUUUGAUCACAUGAUGAAGCGCAUGUCAUAUAGACGCCAGAAAAGGUGGUGGAAUGCUUAUAUACUUUUUUAUGAACGGAUGGAUACAAUAGACCAGGAUGAUGAGUUGAUAAAAUACAUAUCAGAGCUUGCUAUCACCACAAGACCCCAUCAGAUUGUUAUGCCAUCAGCCAUUGAGAGAAGUGUACGGAAACAGAAUGUACAAUUCAUGCAUAACCGAAUGCAAUACAGUUUGGAGUAUUUUCAGUUCAUGAAAAAACUGCUCACGUGUAAUGGUGUUUACUUAAACCCACCUCCAGGGCAAGAUCACCUGUUGCCUGAAGCAGAAGAAAUCACUAUGAUUAGUAUUCAACUUGCUGCUAGGUUCCUUUUUACUACAGGAUUUCACACGAAGAAAAUAGUCCGUGGCUCUGCCAGUGACUGGUAUGAUGCAUUAUGUAUUCUCCUUCGUCACAGCAAGAACGUACGUUUUUGGUUUGCUCAUAAUGUCCUUUUUAAUGUUUCAAACCGCUUCUCUGAAUAUCUUUUGGAAUGCCCGAGUGCAGAAGUGAGGGGUGCAUUUGCAAAACUUAUAGUUUUUAUUGCACAUUUUUCCUUGCAAGAUGGACCGUGUCCUUCACCUUUUGCAUCUCCUGGACCUUCUAGUCAGGCUUAUGACAAUUUAAGCUUGAGUGAUCAUUUAUUAAGAGCAGUACUAAAUCUCUUGAGGAGAGAAGUUUCAGAGCAUGGACGUCAUUUACAGCAGUAUUUCAACUUGUUUGUAAUGUAUGCCAAUUUAGGGUUCUCUGCAUUUACACACAGACUGCAGGAGGAGUAUACUUUGGAGAGGAAUCCAAGGGUAAUUCAUAAUGCCCUUAAAGGAAUUCCAGAUGACCGAGAUGGGCUAUUUGACACAAUCCAGCGUUCUAAGAAUCAUUAUCAAAAAAGAGCAUACCAGUGUAUAAAAUGUAUGGUAGCUCUCUUUAGCAAUUGUCCUGUCGCUUACCAAAUCCUACAGGGCAAUGGAGAUCUUAAGAGGAAGUGGACCUGGGCAGUAGAAUGGCUUGGAGAUGAACUUGAAAGAAGACCAUACACGGGCAAUCCUCAAUAUACUUACAACAAUUGGUCUCCCCCAGUGCAAAGCAAUGAAACAUCAAAUGGCUAUUUCUUGGAGAGAUCACAUAGCGCUAGGAUGACUCUUGCUAAAGCUUGUGAACUCUGUCCAGAGGAGGUAAAAAACGCCACCAGUGUGCAACAGAUAGAAAUGGAAGAAAGCAAAGAGCCAGAUGACCAAGAUGCCCCAGACGAGCAUGAAUCACCUCCACCUGAAGAUGCCCCAUUAUAUCCCCAUUCACCUGGAUCUCAAUAUCAGCAGAAUAAUCAUGUGCAUGGACAGCCAUAUACAGGCCCAGCAGCACAUCACAUGAACAACCCUCAGAGAACUGGCCAACGAGCACAAGAAAAUUAUGAAGGCAGUGAAGAAGUUUCCCCACCUCAGACUAAGGAUCAGUGAAAUGCACAUACUUAACUGGUUCCAUCAAGACUGUGCACCCAGGCCUUACAGUCCAACUUUUUUCUGUGUCUGGCUAAUAUUUAAAACUAGAAAAACUAUUCCUAAUCAACUUGGAGUGGAGAGUUUAUUCACUGUCUUAUCUGCAGAAAUUUGCUGUCAAUAUAUAACCCGCCUGCAGUGGAAAGUGUAUAGUGUUUUGUAAUAAAUGGCCUGAUGCUAAUGUGUAAAUGGCAAAGGUGUAUAUAGUAUAUUAAUGUUUGACUGUUAAUUCUUAAGCAAGAAACUUUUUUCUUGAUGAGACUCACAGAUCUACAAAAACUACAAAAUUAAUUUUCUUGUUUAUACCCACUGCACUCUGCAACCAGUGUUGCCUGCCUUGUGGCAGUUGGAUCAACUCCUUUACAAAAACAAAAAAAUAAAACAACAGUGCAACAAAACAGCCCACUCAUGUCAGCCACACCGAUAGUUUCAUGUUAUAAAUCUUUGCCACUGGAAUCACUUUUACUAUGAACGAAGGCUGGUAACCUUUAAAUUAUUUGGUUGAUGUGGAAAAUUGGUGAUGUAACAUUGUUUCUAGAUCUUUUUUCAUUGCCUUUUUAUUCUGAUAUUAGGUUAAUAUCUUUGAAGCUAUAGUUAAUGCUGUAACAUUUAGCAUGGCUUCACACCAAGUUAGUGUAGCCAACAGAGGAAAAAAUUACCAUAAUGACUGCAGUUGUCCUGAAGUGACAGCUGUAUUGCUCAGAGCUUUUCCUUCUUAUACCUAGAAUAUAAAAUAUAAAACGAGGAGAGAAAUGUGACAGACAGUUUUCAGUUGCACAUAUAUGUUCCUUUUAAUGUUUGACAGUCUCUGGGUGGGACAAAGAAUACAUAAAUAUCGGUAAUGGGAAUUCUGAAAGAUUUAAAACAAAUAUGCAAAAAUGUGCUAGACCAGGAAGCUGGAGCAUAAUAGAAGACUGUAUUUGGUGUGCUUGUUUUGUUUCUUUAGUAGAGCUUGUUAGGCGAAAUCUUCUAAAACUUUCCUUCUGCUGGAUCCCAGUGAUGUGGAAGGCAUCAGAAUCCCACAGUACUUGGAGUACCUCUGCACCAAGAUGUCUGGCUGAUUUUUCUGCUCAGUCAUAAUUUUACUUGAAAAUGAGAAUUGUCCUAGCUCCUUUUCCAUUAUUCCAAAAAUUUUAAUGUUCAAAGCAGGGUCUAAUUUAAAAAAUAUAUUGGUUAAUAAAAUUGAAGUUUCAAAUUUCAGAAUAAACAUUUGCUUAAAGAUAAGGAACUCAUCAGUUAAUACUGUAUUUAAAAGAGAAUUGGUGACUUGAAUGUGUGUAAUUUUUUUGGAAUCUGUCAAAAAAACAACAAAUACCCCUGCAAACAGAUACAGCCCACCCUAUUCUAUUUAAAUACUUUGCUGUUUUAUUUUAUAGAAAUUAUUUUGCUGGAUUCACAAAUAGAAUUUGAUUUAAGAAGAAAAUUUUGUCCUGUGGUGUUUUUGGAUUUUUUGGUUACUUUUUUGUGGGUUUUUUUCUUCUUUUUUUUUCUUUAGGACUACAUAUGGAAAAUUAAUUCUGUGCAUAGCCUGCAUAGGCAUGACACCAAAUUCAGGAUUUCUAUCGCAUUGGGUUUUUGUGCACAGAAAUAUUUGACCUUUGGCCCUUAACUAAAGACAGAAAUAGAAUGUUGACACUGUAAAAGUUUACUAACAAUCAAUCUUGUACUUUUUGUAUGUUUUUAUAUACAUGUAUAUUUAAUGAGCACAAGCUUGGUUGUAUUUUGUACAAUUCAGUUAAGUGUAAAGGCUGUAGUUGGAACUGAACAAAGAAAGAAAUAAUUGAGCAUUGCAUUAUUUUGUGAUUAAAAGGGGCAGGUACAUAAGAUAAAGCUUUAGGUAUCUUGCAGUAAGCAUUCCAUAGUCAAUCUGUGCUUCUAGGCUUUCUUUAAUAUUAGGAAAUUUUGAUAUCAGAUAUUUUGUCUUUAUUUCAAGUAUGUUUUGGUUUGGGUUUUGUGGAGCUGGGGGUCCAGGGCCUGGAGCAUGCUAGGCAAGUGCUCUAUGACUAAGCUACACUCCCAGCCUGAAUUUGCUUAAGCAAAGGUUGUACAGUGUUUGCAGUUGCAACUGGAAGUCUUAACUUAAAAGUUCAGUUCAGUUAGAAGCUUCCUCAGCUAGUGAAGUGACUUAAUUUGGACAAGUUUCUAUUAAUUAUACCAUCUUACCAUCUGAAAGGUGGUUUUUACCUUUCUUGCGCCUUAAGAAAAGAAGGUAUGCCAUGUACUUAAUUUUAAAACAGUGACUUCCUAGAUAAGGGGAAAAAAAAACUUGACAUUUUAAAAGGCUGUGAAUUUUUCUCUUUGGAGGUGAAUUCCCUUUGGUUGCUUUGAAUUUACAAGCCUCAUACUGCCAAGUGAGGGCUUGUGAAUCCUGUUUCCCUCCAUUUGAGUAAGUCUUGUGACCAGAGUGAGGGAGAGUGAACGGUUAUUUUUGUUUGUUCGUGCAGAUUUUCUAUAUAUAACUCUUAGGCAAGCAUUAAUGUAUAACCAGAAAUUUUAAGAUGCAUGUUAUUGUAAGAGCAAUAUAGUGGUGAUUUUGAGGUCUUUUUCUGAACAUAAAUGGCACAUUUUACAUUUCAAAUCUUAAAAGUGCCUGAAUAUUAUUUAAUUCUCCCUCAGCUUUUUGUUUUGUUUUGUUUUUGUUUUGAGCCAUGUUUCCUACUUUAAAUAUUUGUUGCUGAAUUACUAGUUUGCCUUUGGAAGAAAAUAUUCCCAGGUUUCUAAAUGGCAUGAUUGCUCUAUAGAAAUUGAUAGAAUCUGUUAACGUAAAGACUAAAGAUAUUUUAGUUGUAAAACUGUGUGAACUAGGGCUUUGCCCUAUUGGAUCUAAGUAUUUUGGUGUACAACUUGGUAAAAACCACAUUGCUGCUGUUUCUAAGCUCUCCACCAACCAACCAAAUUUUCGUGUUCAGCAUCAUAGAGGCAGAAAUGAACCUAACCAUAUUUGGGGUUUUGUUUAUCUUUCCUUGAUUUUUUUUCUCUCAGUGAUAAUUUCCCAGCCUUGUGUCUUUAGCUAGUAUGUAUACAAAAGUAGAAUUAUUAAGAUGUUUUCUAUUUUUUUCAUGAUUAACUUUUAUUAGUAAUAAUUCUAAUCAUUAUACUGGUUAAAAAGAUGAAGUUUUUUUUAUUUCAAUUACUUUUUUGAGGGAAACCAAUGGGCUGAAUAUCCAGAUAUCUAUUUCAGAAUAGUUCCUCCAGGUUUUUAUUAGGAUUUUUUCCAGCUUACGUUCUCUCAACUAUUUUACUUUGCUGAAUUUUGCGGUUAAUUUGGUGGAUAUAUCCUGCCUUAUUUAGAAUUAUAACUGGAUAAGAAAAUUGCCUUUUCAUGAUAAGUGCCCAGUUUUGGUCUCUAGUUUGAAGGUACCAGGACAUACAUACUACGAUAAAGGAAAGACAACACCUCCUCUGCCCCAGCUUUUGUGUUACCAAGAAAAAACAUUCAGUACUGGUUUUAUCAUAAGAUUCAACCAGAAUUGGUCCUAUACCUACAUGAGUGCUCCAUGUUUGAAAAUGAAGUUUUGGGUGUGAUAAAUCACUACAGAAGUGCUGAAUGUAUUAAGAACUUGCUACCGAUUGUAUUCAUAACAAUUAUUUUGUGUUUGCAGAAAUGUAGCUCUUCUCCAAAUUUACAGGUGUAAGAAAAGGGGUAGGUGCACAUUUUAAAGUCACAUGAGUGCAAAUUUUAUUUUUGAAAUCCAGAUUCCAAAAAAGGAAAUUUCACCACCCAAAUCACACUUCUACUUCUUGGCCUUUUACAAGCCAACAGACUGACAUAAAGAUUGUCCACAGUUCCUAAGAUUUAGCACAUAUACAAAAAUAAAACUUUAUAAAUUAAA